AUGGUCUCCUUCGAUGUGACGUCGUUAUUCACAUCCAUCCCAUCAAAGGUGGGCCGCGAAGUCUUGCGCAAGAGACUUGAAGAGGCGUACGAUGUGACUCAGAAUGCCCUCAAAAUUGAACACCUCAUGAGGCUGUUUGAAUUCUGCCAACAAACUUUCUUCACUUUUGCGGGAGAGACCUACGAACAAAUCAAGGGAACUCCAAUGGGCUCACCGGUCUCCGGUUUAGUGGCAGAACUGGUCCUACAGGAGUUAGAAAAGAUUGCCUUCCUCCAACAUGAACCGGUGUUUUGGCGACGUUACGUUGACGACACGUUCGUCAUCGUAAAGAAGGACAUGCUGCAACAUUUUCACAGCCUGCUCAACGCAGUCUUCCCUGAUAUAAAAUUCACGAGGGAAGAAGAACAGGAACAGCAGUUGCCCUUCCUGGGUGUGCUUGUCAGACGAAACCUUAACGGUGAACUUGAAACGACGGUUUAUAGGAAGGCAACGAACACCACACAGCUUCUCAGUAUUCACAGCAACCAUCCGGUGGCUCAAAACGAAGCUGUGUGA